AUGGACUUCCAAGUCAACUCUUUAAACGAGAAUGAGUCUCAUGAGGAACCUAAAGGCACCGUCCACGACUGGGCAGAAUUGUCCAACCCCAACUACGCUAUCCCUCCUCUAGUGGAGGGCGUCCCCGAUGCAACUAGUGUGUCCGAUGACGGCGAAACAGUGGAGGAUAAGCCUUUCCUCGACUAUCAAGACGAUUAUACUGCUCUCGAUUCCACUGAGCCCAAGCCACUCGUACCUACGGCCACUGUGGCUUGGCUUUACGGCUACCUCCCGACCGUUGACAAGAGCCUGUGGUCCGAUUUAAUACUCAGCAUGGCACGCAACUGCCUCGCAUAUCUGCUCGAAAUCGUGGAAUGCGCCGCCCAGAUGAUGAAGGGACCCAUGUCAUACCUGGUGUUCUUCUGGAUGAUGCUCGAGGUCACCAAGAAAGCAACGCCCAUCCUAUUGGAAGCCCUACCGCCCAUAUGUGUCCUCCCAGGAACAUCGCUCCUACCAGCCUGUCGCUCUGAGUCUCUCAGUACAGGGAGUACCAUUUCUAAAGGGUUGCGAGGCAUGGAUUUCCCCAAGAUCUUCGACAUCCAGAAGAAGACCUUCGAUCACCUAGCAGAUCAAUCAGCCUCUUUCGGGGGUAGUGGUCUAUCUCUGGACCUCAAGAAGGUCGAAAUGGCCAGCAAAGACCUUGUCACGUUAGUUAAGGUCAGCGACAUGAAGAGCAGAGACGACAUCGCCCGGACAAUGACUACCUUUGUGCGCAAUGCCCAAUCUACCGGACGGGGCCUCAGUAAAUUCAAUGCGAAGAUGGGCGGGGCGAUGGACAGGCACGCUUCCUCGCUCGCAAUCAGUUUUACUCUUACCAACGUGUUCUCUUUCUGA